CCGGUUAGAGAGAGAAAGACAGUGAAGGAGAGUAGAAGCUGCGGGACACAUUUGGCGGAGCUCGAGAAGCGGAGUUGGCGUGAGAAAGCAUCUUGCCUGGUCUGGUCUGGUCUGGUCUGCUCCGCUCUUGUCCCACACUCGCCUCUUCUCUUGCCCUUUCUCCCUCCAUCGGGCCAAACGUAAGUUUGCUAUCUCUUUCUCUCUCCCAGUCUGUCGUCUUUAUCUCUCUGCCCUUCUCUCUCUCUCUCUGUGUAUCUAUCUGUGUGUCUCUCUCUCUGUGUCUGCGCAGGCGUAAUCCAUAUCCUCACCCACUUGUCGUUGCGCGUCGGUUGAUCCAUUCGGUUAGCUCAAUAUUCCUGGCUGGUCAUCGCCGGAGUACGGGAGCUCAUUCUGUGAAGUGAUCUGUUUCACUGUCGGGUCUGCCCUAGAGUGAAGGGGCAAUGGCGUCCGCUAACGGCGCUGUCGAGGCGGUUGAGGUUGAGACGCAGCAGCAAGUUGAUCCUAUGGUGGAAGCGGACCAGAAGUACGCUGAGGGCUCCGCCUUCCUGAAAGCGGAAGAAUACGAGAAGGCAAUAGCCUCAUUGAGUCGAGCAUUGGAGCUGAGAGUAGAGAAAUUCGGGGAGCUUGCUCCGGAGUGUGCAAGCGCGUAUUUCAAGUAUGGAUCCGCUCUUCUUCAAAAAGCGCAGUCGGAAGGGGAUGUUCUCGGCGAGAAGGCUGUGGAGUUAAGUAGAGCCGAAGAGGAGGCGGCGCAAAUGCCUUGCGAUGAUGAUGAUGAAGCGAAUGAGGGUGAGGGAGACGACGGCGAUGGCAAGGCAGGAAGUGGGGAGGAUGCAGCCGAGGACGGUGUGGACGGUGUGGAGGGCGAGAAGCCAUCCAGUGCGGAGGCCGCUGAAGUGGGAGAAGCAGCGGCAGAGGACAAGAAAGAGGGCGACGCCGCUGCAGCCCCGGGUGCGGACAACGGAGUUGAGGAAGUAGACGGAGGAGCUGCCGAUGAGAAGGACGGCGAUGAAGAGAAGGAAGGAGGGGAAGAUGGUGCUGAAGGAGAGGAUACCGCUGCGGGAGCGGAAGAGGAAGAGGAAGACGAUCUCGAAUUGGCAUGGAAGCUUCUAGACUCGGCACGUGUCAUCCAUGAGAGACAACCGGGCCAUACGGUCGAAGAAGCGGACGUAUUAACUGCUCUUGGGGAUGUUAGUCUUGAAAGAGAGGACUUUGUUACAGGACUGGAGGACUUUCAAAAGGCACUCGGAUAUCUCGAGGAGCUGCUCCCUUCGGACGACAGAGCAAUUGCGGCAGUCUGCUUUAAGAUGGCAUCAGCACAUCAACUUGCUUUGCACCCCCAGGAGGCAUUAAGCUUCUGCCAGAGAGCCAUUGCGGUGGUUGAGUUGAGGCUGAAACAUCUGGAGGAGGAGAAGGGGUCCAAGGGGAAGGAGAAGGAAGGAGAGGCUCCUAAGGUCGCUGAGGGCGAGACUAAACCUGAUGAGCCUUUGAGCGAGGUCGACGAGCUGAAGUUUGUCUUGCAAGAAAUGAGAGACAAGGAAGAGGAGUUAAAGGACUUUGCGGCGCGACCGACGGUUAUGGAAGCUCUCAAGGCGCAAGAUCCCGAUCUUGCCAGCAAAAUGCAGCAGGCAUUUGCUGCAGCUGCAGGCCUGGUGAGCAAUGGCGUACCUGAGGGAGAUGCCACGGCUGCGAGCGCAGCGAUUGCAAUGUCUGGAUUCGACGCACCGAAGCUGUCUGCCAACCAACAGGAUCUGGGAGUCGUCGGGCGUGGAAAGGCCAGAAUUACCCCUGCUGGUGCCCCGAGCGCGGGAGCAAGCGCAGCGGCGUUUCAAGGAGAUGGAUCGGGUGCGGGUGCUCUUCCGGCCCCCACGGUCACCGGCAAGAGGCGAACGCUGGAGCAGAUCGUAGAGGGAAUGGCGAGUGUCGCCGGAGAAGCCAGUGCUGAGGUUCCCGUGGACACAGUGAAGGCCGGUUCUGCAGCUGCUGAUGACGCACACCCUGCGAAGAAGACGAAGGUGGAUGAGCCAGCCGCCGCGUCGAACGGAACGGUGGCAACGGAUGGGCCUAUGGCUGUCGACCCGCCAUCCGUGGCAGGCGAGGGUGCUGCUGCGCAGUGAAGUGUAUAGGUGAGGACUGCUGCUUGUAGGAUGAUUACUUGUAGAGGUGGGUGAUCUUUCGGACAUUUAUGGUCUUGGCAGUUGGGAUAACUGCCUAGGUGAGAAUGGCAUGAGGUCUUGUCGACCCAUGAUGACCCCCGGGCGUGAGUGAGUAGGUGGACAGGUAAGUACUGUAGAGUUUUCUGAACAGACAUAGAUGCGUUAGGAUUGCGAACGAUGGGGCCAUUCCUACCAACCCAACCCCCCAACCCAACCCCCCCAACCCCCCCCCAAACCCCCCUUUCCCCCGUGCUCCUAUCCCUGCCAAGCAACCUUUGCUCGUCCCUUUUCUAUCCUUCCUGACGAUGGGUGGCAGACGGGUGUCAUCUCGAACCUCCCAUCGCUCCUUGUAUCUUGAAGUCUUUGCCGACAAGAUAGCAUGCAUGCCAAACCGCUUUGUGGGGAGUGCGAGAUCUCCUGAGAGCGACGUAUGUGGGCCAGUAGAAACUCUACUGCCGUUGUAACAAAGAUGAACACACAUACACGCAGACGCACACAGAGAGAGAAAGAGAGAAAGAGAGAGAGAGAGAGAGAGAGAGAGAGAGAGAGAGAGAGAGGUUCAUGAACUGCUGCUUCAGCGACUGUUAUGAUCUGUGGUUGGCGAAGGGGGGUGCUUGUUACUUCUGCUUCAGCGACUGUUAUGAUCUUUGGUGGGCGGAGGGGGGUGCUUGUGACUGCUGUGUUUAUAUAUGGUCUGUUGUAGGUCCACCGGCAAGCAGGGGAGGAAUGUUUACCGCGUGUAGAGUUUGUUUUUUGUACACGUCCAGAGCGCGAGGUGGAGAAGGUGUGUUGUGAAAGAGAACACUAAAAGGACCUUCGCUUGUUUUUUGUUGCUGAGGGUAUGGAGAUUUUGUGAAGGGAUUCUGAGUCUCUGACGUUUGACUUUUUUAACCAUUUUUGUGGACGUUUCGGUUUUGCGCUUUCGGUUCUGUUGAUCGGACUUAUUUGAUGAUGUAUUCAAACAUUUUGUGCUUUCGUGGUUUUUUAUUAAGUGUUCAUUGUGUGUCGGUGAUGCUUGUCCUCGGGAAGGUCCUCGGGAAGGGAAGGAAGGCGCGCACCUCUUUUCUUCGCUCCUUCCCUUGUGGGGCUGAAAAUUUGCACCGUCUCGAUGCGGACAAUAUAUGGGAUGGAGAUACCAACUUACCUGCAUUGGGGAUGGGAUGCGGUUUUUACGUCGUCUGGAGCGAUGGGAUUGGUUGGGGUUUUCUCCGGAUGCCGAUGACAAUUGUGCGUUUGUGGUCAGGUCAGGUUUUCCAUCUCAGAGUCUGUAUAUUGGGGUGUGCAUUUGUGACCCGGUCAGGUGUUCCGUCUGCGAAUCUGGUCAUGUUCUAGCGGGAAGUUCAUUCUCAUUUUGCCGGGCGCAUCUGGUCAUGUUCUAGCGGGUGUAUUCACUGUAUUCUGAAAUUCGGCGAUGACAUUACCGAAAUUCACGGAAAUGUUGAAGGAAUUAAAAUUUUAAUAACAACAAGGUGCAGUUGUGACACCGAAGGGCCUCGCCACACCAGUCUCGAAAUGUGAAAAAGACAACUUUGCUGGGCGCAUCUGGCCAUGUUCUAGCGGCAAGUUCAUUCUCGUUUUGCACAUUUCGAG